AUGAUCAUAAAUGAAAUAGUAUAUGACUUGGUUUCUUUUGCUCUUACUACUGUUGCUAGAAAUUCUUGGCUUAAUUUAUUACAAAAAGAGUUGCACAAACUUGGGGUUAAUUAUCUCAUUAAUAAAACAAUGAAAAUACUUUUUGUUACUGAAGAAGCAAAUUAG